UAUAGCAAUGUUGAUAUGAAAAAAUCGGAGUUACCAGAUACACUGGAGGUCCUCAAAGGCCUCUUCACCCUCAUAAUUGAGGUGAGGAGUGCUAAUCGACAUUCCGAGCGAGGCCGAGAGGAGGGUAUACAUUGUAAGGGCAUCCUAAAUCCUGAAAUAAAGCACACUUGUGAUGCUGAGAAAUCUGCACAGUGUCAGCGUCUAUCAGAACUAGAAGAGACCCUGACCCCGCUGCUGAUGGGGCACGACACCACCAUCUACCUGGACACUGUGGCCUCACAUCUCUCAUUUGAUGGGGAGUCUACUCAAGUGUCACCUGGGGCUGAGCUGCUCCUUCUGGAACGGUGGGAGAUCAAACUUGAACAUGCGGGGACGCAGCAAGGAGGGGGGAGGAAACUGCUGUUACAAGCAUUACAUUCACAUCUACAUUUCUCACAGCUAUCAGCCUGGCUUUCUUCUUCUCGGGGCCACUUUCCUGCUAAUGUGUCAUACAGCAUCAACUCUGAUGAAAAUUUGGAGUUUAAAGGAACGCCCGAUGAACACAGGUUUCCGAUAGUGACUGUUGGGGAAGAUAAAUGCUUGGUUGUGGAGGUCAAGUCACUGCCCAGAUCUACACUACAUCUACCAGACACUAAUCCAGACCAGUUAAGAAAAUCAAAGGCGAAUUUUGGCGAAAAGCUGAAUCUCUCACCAGAGAACGGAGUGAAACCAAGGAUGAAAUCUCCUACCGUCAAAUCACCAUCCACCUGCUCGCAACAGGUCAAGAAAAGACUGUUCACAGAUAUGGGGACGGAUCGUGUUCCAGUCAGAAAUGGUAGUGGUGAUGCGUGCAUCUUAUCACCCGGAACCAGUUUCAGAAAAUAUGACCCUUUGCACGACUCUGGCAUAUACUCACCAAACAGCAGUUACCAAUCUUCUGUAUCGAGCAGCAGAGGUUACCGAGCAUCUUCCAGCUCUCCUAAGUUUUUCAUAGGAGACGAGUCCUCUCUAGAUUCUGAUAUAUUUCCCUCAGCCAGUUCCUCCACUUUCACUCCCAUAUCACUAUCCCCCACCCCUUACAACUCUCCUCAGCACAGCCUCACGGAAACCACGGCCCCUUUCCGCAGUACCCCCUACCCCUGGCCCCUGUCUGACAUGUUCACAGUGUCCUCUCCACCCAAAUUCAGCUACAAGCCACCAGUGAGACCACGUGUUCUCUCCUCAUCUCCCACUCCCUCUUCCAGUCGCUCCAAGACACCAGAACCACUCGAGUCUCUCAACUUCAGUCCCAUAAAGUUUGACAGUCCCAUGAAAUUCACCCUGUACAAGAGUUCUCAGAGAAGGUCCUCCUCGCUCUGUAUAGAGGAGAAGGGGGAGGAGGAGGACGAGUUCGAAGACAAAUGUCUCCCUCACAAUCAUAGUUACUCCUCAAAAGAAGACGUGCGAGCCAGUUGGCAUGGAAACCCUUUCUUGGACAAACCCUCCUUCAAACGCAGCACAAGUCUCCCUCUGCUGUCAAGCCCAGUCCUUUACAGAAAAUCUUGUUGUCGAGGUGACAGAAAAAUCAAUGGACGAAUAGUGCUAAACGCAAAUAGAAAUUGUUUGCUUGGCUCAUUUGAAGAGAAUAUCCUCAAAGACAGAUUCACCCCAUGUGGUAGUAUUCCAGGGUUUAAAUUCAAGAUGAGCGUCUCAGGACUGUUUUCCUCCCCCGCCAUCACUUUACCUUUUGUCGGCAACUUCUACAACUUUUCAGACCAGUACUGCCCUUCACCCUAUGCAGGAUGUGUAAAACUGGACACUUGUGGCACAAACGGUUAUCAGCUAUCAAAACAAGGUCGGAUACAGGCCACCAUAUUCGAUCCUGAAAACUCAGUGAUCCGGAUCUUCCUGGUUCCGUAUGACGUGAGGGACAUGCCGCCCCGGUCCCAGACUUUUAUCCGACAGAGGAUACACGCAAUGACGGCUAAAGGAAACAAGACUCUUCAGUAUCAUCUUCACUUCAGACUCAUGUCAGGAAGGUCCUCACGAGUUUACCUGCACACCGAGAUCAGACUGCUGUUUGUCAGAGGAACUAGCACUAUCGACAGCUCAGACAGUGACUCGGGAGGGACUGGCACGACCAUGGUCACAGAAAACUGCAUACCAAGCAACCCCCGCUACUCUACUAUCAGCAAAACCAAAAGAUCCUCCUAGCAGAUCGGGUUUUUGUUGCUAACUUUAAAUGUAAAAAUGUGAGAUACAAGUUUUGAACUCUUCUGAUUAACUUGAAUCAGCUCGUAAGAUUGUGAUUUGUUCACGGCUGCUGCUGUGUGAACAUAUUGUAGAUUUUAAUGAACCGGUCAACAUCCCUGAGUAAAGCCUUGACUUAAUAUACCUGAAAUCCGGAACCUUGCAAUGCAUGUAAACUAUAAACAUUUUAGUUUUUACCUAAGUUAUAAGUAAGUUAUAAGUUAUUCUGAAGUUUUUUAACCCACUUCACCGGUUACAACUCCUCAGGAGUGCCAAUAGAUUUUAAAUUUAUAAUUGGGCAUUUUCGGAAUUUCAACCCUCCACCCUCAUAAAAUCGCAGUUCAGCUUUUAUUGUGCCCAAUCCGUAUCGCAAUUACUAGUGCUCAAGGAAGUAUCUUAUUAACAAUUAUAACAUAAAGCUUAGUUUGUUAAGGUUUUAGAUUUAGCGUAUUAAAUGUCAUGUUAAUUAAGAGAUUCUAACCAGUUUUAAUAAUUUGAAGCAUGGUUUUAAAGUUUGAACGGAUCGAAAAUUAUGGACUCCAACACUGAAAUACACGCAAUUUAGAUUUAAAAUUUAAGUAUUUGGUUUGUGGGAAAAUUGUUGAAUUUUGUUACGUUGUGUGUUAUUUUGUAAAUAUUUAUAGAUCGAUAAGUCAAACUUGAAGUGAUCAUGGUUAUGGAUGUAACCAUGGUAAUGGUGUUCAGGUCAAUAAAUCAUAACAGAUGUUGUCAAUCCCUGCUAAAGUUGAAAGAGAGGAGAUUGUAUUGUUUAGUGCAUUUUUCUAGUGCAUUGUUCUGGUGCAUUGUUCUAGUGCACAGUGUCUUUUCUUAACAUAGUUGUCACUGGGUGUUGCAAGAGAUAUUUGGUAAAAGGUAUUUUGAAAGAUUACCGUUAUGGCUAGUGCCAUUUGAAAACCAGCGGCGCCACUAAUUCCUAAUAGUAAUAUCCCACUAUUUCUGUGGUGAUUACGUCCGUCCCGUCGCCGUUAAGGAAAUGUCCAAUUGGUAAAAUUAAAUCC